AUGCUUCUCCGCUCUGGCAUUUCCCCCUGCUCUCUUCCUUUCCAAGCUCUCCCCAUCUCCUCCUCCUCCUCCCUUUCUUCUUCCGCUUCUUAUUCCAAAGUUACUUUAGGGUUCCACCAGAACGUUGCCGUCCUGCAGUCCGAGCGGAGACCCGGGUACCCGAUCCUCUGUUCGAUCUCUCAGGUCCAUAGCUACGGGACGGUGGACUAUGAGCGGAGGCCGGUACUUAAGUGGAACUCGCUCUACCGCCGGAUCUCCACCAUGGAGGACCCCAGCCUCGGGUCCGGGAUCGUGCUGGACCGGUGGGAGGCGGAGGAGAGGCGGCUAUCGAAGUGGGACCUCUGCCGCGUCGCCAAGGAGCUGAGGAAGUUCCGCCGCCACAAGCUUUCUCUUGAG